CGCUACCCUCCCUCCUCCUUCUCUUGUCCUCUUACCCGCGCUCCCUCUCCCCCUUCCCUUCUCUUUCCCUCCUCUCCUUGCCAAGCCCCACCGUGCGGUCAUAGUCAGAGGUGUGCCCUCCCGCGGAUCCUCCCAUCUGCGAGUCAGUGGAUUUUCUUCACGCUCGUAUUGCUAAAUCCUUCAUUUCUGCUUUCCAACUGCCAAACCUCAUCCAAACUACCUUUGCCGCUUUCCUCUUGCGACCAGCUAUCUGUACAAGUUCUUUGACGUUGGGGCUAACAUCGUAAGCGCUGGGACGAUACCUGCUUUGCCCUAUCUCUUGCCCAAACGCAGUUUUUCGUCAUCGUCACGAAUUCCGCCAAAUUCUUGAAGUUCGGCGAGUGUGAUUGAUUAUAUAUCUCGAGUCUUAGUCGCAUCCAUCAACUUGCUCAAGUUGUGAAAUUGAGCUUUUAGACAAGUAGCCGUUCUCAAACACGGUGACAAUCCUGGCCUGAAAGGAUCUCAUCCCCAAAGCACACCGAACUUGCUGAAACCCUCUAUCUACAUCGCAAGUUGCAGAAAGGCGAACUCAUAGUAUCUCUACAAGCAAGGCACGAUGAAAUUUGCAAAGAUCAGCCACAUGUUAGGAUCAUGCUUGUCACCCAGACUUCCUUCCCCCCGACGAGAAUCUCGCAUCGGAUCACAAGCUUCUCUCCUCCAAUUCGAAGACGUUCCGACCGUGGAACUCUGCUUUCCUCUAGACAGCCUGGAAAGCAUGAGCACGGCAGCAUCUGGAGCAAUAGCGGACAAAUCAAAGAAGACCUCAUCAGAUCGGAUGACCUCAAGGGUGAUGUUGAAGAUGAUGCGCAGCCUCAGACAUGCUGGAGCAUGUGGGCCAGCGAUGUCAACGGAGCUGUCUCUGUGGUUGACCUACGAAGUAGAUAUGAAGGCGACUUGCAUGCUUCCGCAGACUCUGGACAGUUCAAGAGGAAAGGUGGCCGCUGCCCUAGAGACGACAGACCAUACAAUGAUACCCGAGGGGAAGAGCAGUGGUCCUCUGGUCACGAGUCCGACAGAGGCGAAGACGAACUUUCAAGAGCGUCCACGCCGUUGAUACUCCAGAUAUCGCAGAGGACGCCUCAGAAGAUAUGGAGUGAGAUCGAAAUUAACGACCUUCGUCUGCAAGACGACUCCGACUUGGAUUAUGGCAAAUUUGCGCGAAGCUCCAGUGUCAAGAAGAACUCAACGCCGGAUCAUUCUGUAAGGAGAAGUUCAGACCAUGCACCUGUGAAAUUCUGCAAACUUGGUCUGCAUCAAGGGAAGGUUCAAGUGGUGCAAACUGCUUCUUGCAAAUGCUUCCGGAGAGAAAGAGAUGAAUCGCCAGUACAAUUUCGGAUGCGUGUAAAGCGCCUUCUCGAAUUUUGAAGAAGAUCAAGAAUUGUAAGGUAAAUACAGAACACGGAUUUCGUGAAUACAGGACAAGAGGGGAGGGGGGAUCUCAAGAGUUAAUGAAUAAUCUUAAUGGAAUCAAUCAUGUAAAUUUAAUGAAAGCACAUUACCAUC